AUUAUGGAACUCUCUAUCUUUCCCUCUUUUUAUGUGUUCCCUUCUAAUGUACCACGUCUUACCAUUAACACUCACCAAUCAUCAUCCAACCCAAGCAAACACCUUGUGUUCCUUCUUUUUUGUUCUCUCAGCCUGGUUUCUUAAGACAUGGGAAUGGGUCCAAAGAAAUGGUUUAUGAUAAUAGUCAAACGGAAGAAACGAAAGGAAGACAAAUCCAAACAAGAAAAGGUACAAUCUACUCCUGAAAAUUCAAAUAAAUCCCCCAAUGGAAUGCAAAGCACCCAUGAAGAAUCAAAUAUCAUUCCCAAUGAAAGUUUGAUGAGAGACAGAACAGUUCCAUCGAGGUUGAUUGACGAUAUUGCUGCUACUCGGAUUCAAAAUGCAUUUCGUUCAUUUAUGGCAAGAAGAACAAUUCAACAUCUAAGGGGAGCAGUGAAAUUCGAAGCUUUGAUUCAAGACCACAUGGCGAGAGAGCAAACAGCAACUACACUUAGCUAUAUCCAUUCAUGGAGUCGAAUCCAAGAUCAAAUCAAAGCUCGCAGAUUCUGCAUGAUAACAGAAGCCAAGAUUAAGCAAAGAAAAUUGGAAAACCAAUUUAAACUUGAGGCUAAGCUUCAUGAGCUCGAGGUGGAAUGGUGCAGUGGUUCUGAAACAAUGGAGGAGAUACUUUCCAGGAUACAUCAGCGAGAAGAAGCAGCAAUUAAACGAGAGCGAGCCAUGGCAUAUGCCUUCUCUCAUCAAGUACUAAACUUAUGGAGAUAUAGUUUUCAAUGGAGGCCAAACUGUAGCCAGUAUUUUGGUCAGGCAUCAUACAGCCUUGGUAAAGAAAGUUGGGGUUGGAGCUGGAUGGAGCGUUGGAUUGCAGCACGUCCUUGGGAAGUUCGGGUUCGAGUACAACAAUCCCCGAAAACAAAGAAACUCAAUGGCCAGCAGCAGAAAGCAAAAUUGGAUAAGAUGAACAACAAUAAUGAAAGCAAAGUGUGCUUGGCUAAACCUGCCAUGUCAAACGGGGAUAAGACUGAUAAAGGAAAGAAAAACAGGACUUGAAGGAUUUUAUCCAUAUUGCCCAUAUGAUAUAUCAUUGGUAACAUCUUCAGAGGCAGCAAAUUUGAUGGUUAAUCCUGUCUUCAUCACCUCUUUGGCUUGGUGUGUAUUGUGUAAUAUUAUAGUCAGUUGGCUUGUUAUCUAUUUAUGCCUGAUUGUGAAUUUCUUAUAGCUUUGGUUGGAACUUAUGGCCUACUAUAUAUUCCCUUCAUUUAAGGAGCAGUGAUUCAAAUCCUCAAGUGUAAUUUUGUGCUAUGCAUGAUUUUCAAAGAUUCAGUAAUUUUGUA